AUGGCGCUCCGGCCGCGAUGCGGGGUCACCCCGAACGCGGUCUUCGCGCGCGCGUCCUCGCGCGCGACGCUCGCGUCGCGCGCGUCGCCCGCGCCCCACGGCGCGCUCCUCCAGCCGCGCCGCCCGAGGCCCUCGACGCCGGGACCGCAUCAUCAUCAUCGUCUCCGCCUCCUCCACCGCUCGCGCCGCGCCGCGAUCGUCCGCAGCGCGUCCUCGGUCUCUUCCUCCUCCUCCUCCCCACCCGCCGGCGUAAUCUCCCCGGGGGCGAACCACGCGGACCUCCCGAAAAACUUCGAGCACGGCGCGACGGAGGAGCGCCUGUACGAGUGGUGGGAGUCGCACGGAUGCUUUAAGCCCUCCGACGACGCCGUCGGCGAGCCGUUCACGAUCGCGAUGCCGCCGCCGAACGUCACCGGCGCGCUGCACAUGGGCCACGCGAUGUUCGUGACGCUGCAGGACAUCAUGGCGAGGAACGCGCGGAUGCGCGGGCGGCCGACGCUGUGGCUCCCGGGCACGGACCACGCGGGCAUCGCGACGCAGGCGCGUCCUCCUCACACUGUCCCCGCCAUCGACGCCUUUCGACCCCACCUGACGCCUUUCAACUCCACCCCCACGUCGGUCGGACCGCCCCCCGACCCUCAGCUCGUUGUGGAGCGCGCGCUCGAGGCGGAGGGCAAAACGCGGAUGGGGAUCGGCCGCGACGCGUUCGAGAAGCGGACGUGGGAGUGGAAGGCGGAGUACGGCGGACGCAUCGCGGGGCAGAUACGACGGCUCGGCGCGUCCUGCGAUUGGUCCAGAGAGCGGUUCACGCUGGACGACGGCCUGAGCGACGCGGUGCUCGAGGCUUUCGUCUCGCUCCACGACAGAGGACUCAUCUACAAGGGCACGUACAUGGUGAACUGGGCGCCGAAGCUGCAGACCGCGGUGAGCGACCUCGAGGUGGAGUACUCCGACGAGCCCGGCACGCUGUAUUACUUCAAGUACUUCGUUGAAGGGGGAGAAGACGAUUCAGACGCCGAGGACCCUGGAGCCUUUUUACCCGUCGCGACGACGCGGCCGGAGACGGUGCUCGGCGACACCGCCGUCGCGGUCAACCCCGCCGAUGAACGCUUCAAGCGGUUCAUCGGCAAGCGCGCGAUCGUGCCGUUCAGCGGCGGGCGGACCGUGCCCAUCAUCGGCGACGACUACGUCGAUAUCGAGUUCGGCACGGGCGCGCUGAAGAUCACGCCGGGGCACGACCCGAACGACUACGAAAUCGGCAAACGCGUCGGCCUCGAGACGAUCAACAUCAUGAACAAAGACGGGAGCAUGAACGCCAACGCGGGCGCGUACGAGGGCCUGGACCGCGCGGAGUGCCGCGAGAAGGUCUGGGCGGACAUGGAGGCGGCCGGGAUGGCGAUCAAGAGCGAGCCGUACGACACGCGAGUGCCGCGGUCGCAGCGCGGCGGCGAGAUCAUCGAGCCUUUGGUCUCGGAGCAGUGGUUCUGCAAGAUGGAGAGCAUGGCGACGCCGGCGCUGAAGGCGGUGGAGAGCGGCGAGCUCACGAUCGUGCCGCAGCGGUUCGAGAAGAUAUACAAAGGCUGGCUCACGGACGUCAGGGACUGGUGCAUCUCUCGACAGCUGUGGUGGGGGCACAGGAUCCCGGUGUGGUACGUCCACGAGAGCGAAGAGGCGUUGGAGUCGGCUCGGAGCGGCUCGGGUAAGGGCGCGUCGAAAGUCUACGUCGUCGCGCGUAACGAAGCGGACGCGCGCGCGAAGGCGACCGCGGAGGGUCACGGCGCGAACGUCGUGCUGUACCAGGAGGAGGACGUCCUCGACACGUGGUUCUCCAGCGGCCUCUGGCCGUUCAGCACGUUGGGGUGGCCCGACGAAGACGCGGCGGAUUUCAAAAAAUUCUUCCCGACGCAAGUCAUGGAGACGGGGCACGACAUCCUGUUCUUCUGGGUCGCGCGGAUGGUGAUGAUGUCGUACGGGAUGACUAACACGCUGCCGUUCCACACCGUCUACCUCCACGGCCUCGUCAGGGACGAGAAGGGCCGGAAGAUGAGCAAGUCGUUGGGUAACGUCGUGGAUCCGCUCAACGUGAUCGACGAGCAGGGGUGCGACGCGUUGCGGUUCACGCUCGCGACGGGGACCGCGGCGGGACAGGACCUGAACCUGAACAUGGACCGCCUCGCGUCGAACCGCAACUUCACGAACAAGAUCUGGAACGCGGGGAAGUUUCUGCUGUACGCGUUGGAGGGGAUGUCGGACGACGACCGCGUCGCGCUCGUGCGAGAGGCGGAGACUGUGCCGAAUGACCUCGCGUCUCUGCCGCUCGCGGAGCGAUGGAUCGUGUCCAGACUCCACGCGACCGUGGACCACGUCACGACCGCGCACGAUAAGCACGACUUCGGCGAGGCUGGACGCGCGGCGUACGCGUUCUUCUACGACGACUUCGCGGACUGGUUCAUCGAGGGCGCCAAGAGCCGGCUCUACUCUGGCGACGCCGCCGCCGCGAGGCGAACGCGCGCGGUCAUCCUAUACGUCCUCGAGCGCACGCUCCGGCUCCUGCACCCGUUCGUGCCGUACGUCACGGAGGAGGUGUGGAGGAACAUACCGCACGAUGGCGAGACGCUGAUGACGCGCGCGUGGCCGACGCUGGACGCGGCGCGCGACGACGACGCCGUCGCCGCCUUCGAGACGGCGCGCGCGGUGGUGCGCGCGGUGCGCAACGCGCGCGCGGAGUACGCGGUUGAGCCCGCGAAGCGCGUCCCCGCGAUCGUGGUCGUCUCUGGUGGAGACGCGGAUUCGAACGCGGCGUUGCGGAAGGCGCUCAAAGACGAGCUUCUGUUGCUGUCGACGCUCGCGAGGCUCGACGCGGAGGCGAGCGCGGUGACGGACGUCGCGCCCGACGCGGCGAUCAGCGAUCCCGCGGCUUUCGUGCAGAUCGUCGUGAGCGACGGCGUGACGGUGUACGUGCCGCUGAGUGGCAUCGUGGAUCCGGCGAAGGAGAUCGCGAGGCUGACGAAGCGCGCGACGAAGCUCGAGAAGGAGGCGAGCGGGCUCGCCGGGCGGCUGAAGUCGCCGAAGUUCACGGAGAAGGCGCCCGCGGACGUCGUGGAGAAGAGCAGGAAGGAGCUGGCGGAGCUCGAGGAGCAGCUGUCGAGCGUCAGAGAGAGGAUGGCGACGAUGGAGGCGCUGCUCGUGAAGAGUUGAUCGAUGAGAGGAAGCGAGGAGGGAGGGCGUCAUCAGAUGUCUCGGCUAUUUUUUUGUUUAUCACACGAGUCGUGGAAA